ACACUCUGAUCAGCUGUAUGCGGAAGUCUGCUGAGGACGUGACAGUAUUUGACAGCACUUUGUUAACAUUAUGUGGCUAGCUGUUGUUAUAAUAUGUGUAGCUUUAGUUGCUAUCAUCUAUAAAUAUGUAUCGGGAUCAGGACCAAACCCGUUUGACAUCGACACCCGCGAGCCGUUAAAGCCAUUGGUAUUUGAUCGGAAGGAGAAGAAUAAAGUUUUAAAACAAGGAUUUCUGGCAAAUAGGGUGCCUCAAGACUUGGACGCAGUAGUUGUUGGCAGUGGGAUUGGUGGAUUGGCAAUUGCUGUUCUGUUGGCUAAAGUGGGUAAGAGAGUUCUGGUUCUGGAGCAACAUGAUCGGGCUGGAGGAUGCUGUCACACCUUCACAGAGCAAGGCUUUGAGUUUGACGUUGGUAUUCACUAUAUUGGAGAGCUGCAGGAUCAUAAGCCCAUGCGUUGUAUGAUCGAUCAGUUAACCAAUGGACAGCUGCAAUGGGCGCCGCUGGAUAACCCCUAUGACCAGGUGGUCUUGGGUCCCCCAGAGAACCGGCGCAUUUAUCCCAUCUACAGUGGCCGAAACCGCUUCCCAGAUGAGCUAAAGAAAUGUUUUCCAGGAGAGGAGAAGGCCAUUGAUGAAUAUUUGAGACUUACAAAGAAAGUUGGGGAUGGUGUGUGGUUUAUGGUCCUACUGAAGCUCCUACCAGCUCCUCUUGCAAAUUUUCUGGUGCACACAGGUCUUGCUAAUCGUCUUUCUUCCUUCUUCCGCUACGCCUCCCGCAGUCUCACCGAGGUUGUGAAUGAUCUCACUCAAAAUAAAGACCUGAGAGCCGUUCUCUGCUACAUCUUUGGAACCUAUGGUAAAAUCCCCAAAGAUGCAAGCUUCUCCAUGCACUGUCUGCUUGUGCGACACUAUCUGUCUGGUGCAUGGUACCCAAAGGGUGGUGCUAGUGAGAUUGCCUACCACAUGAUUCCCAUCAUUGAGAAGGCAGGAGGGGCUGUGCUUGUUAGAGCACCUGUCAACCGCAUACUUCUCAAUGAAGCUAAAGAGGCUAUUGGGGUGAGUGUUAUGAAGGGGCAGGAGGAGGUGCAUAUACACGCUCCCAUGGUGAUUUCAGAUGCUGGAAUCUUCAAUACUUAUCAAACCCUUUUGCCUAAAGAUGUGCAGACCAUGCCUGCAAUCCAGAAACAGCUGAGUAUGGUGCAGCAUGGAGAGGGUGGUAUCAGUAUCUUCAUUGGUCUUGAUGGAACGAAAGAAGAGCUGGGUCUCAAAGCAGAGAAUUACUGGAUCUAUUCCGAGAACAAUUUGGAUGACCUGGUGGAGGGCUAUAUGAAAGGAAACAGGGAAGAAUCUGUUAAGAAGAUCCCUUUGAUUUUUGUGGCAUCACCGUCUGCCAAAGAUCCAACCUGGCAGGAGAGAAAACCAGGUAAAUCCACCCUGACUGUUGUUAGCUUUGCUAACUAUGCGUGGUUUGAAGAGUGGAAGGAUGAGAAAGUGAAGAACAGAAGUGCAGAUUAUAAAGAGCUGAAGCAGACCUUCAUCAAUAGUGUUUUAGAGGUGUUGACUGAGAUCUAUCCUAAGAUCAAGGACCGGAUUGAAUUUGUGGAUGCAGGUACCCCAAUAUCAAAUCAACACUACAUCGGUGCUCCUAAAGGAGAGAUCUACGGUGCAGAUCAUGGCAUUUCUCGCUUUAGUGUAGAACUGAACGCCACCAUCAGACCACAGACGCCUAUUAAAAACCUCUUCCUAACAGGUCAGGACGUUAUGCUGUGCGGUUUUGCCGGAGCAUUGGGAGGGGCACUGACAUGCGGUUCGGUUCUCCUAAAUCGCAAUCUUCACAUGGAUGCCUUUGCACUUGCUAAGAAGGUCAACCAUGGCAACAACAAGAAGAUGCAAUAAGUAGACAUAACAUGUAAUGAGGCCGAGACACAAUCUGUAGAUUAUUUGUGGCCAAUUCUGGUCAAAAUUGUUUGAAUGUUGCUAAGCGUGCUACAGUAUAGUGUUUUUUUGCUGGGUGAUUUUUUUGGGAUUCUGAGUUUUCGGCUGGUGUAGAUUUUGUUUGGGCAGACCCAUGACAACUUGAGUCUUCUACUUUAAAAUUAUUGCCUAGAGAUAUCAGAUUUGAGGAAGAAGGGGAAAUUUGGGAUUAUUAAAAAACUAACCACUAUAACACAUGACUCUAUAUACUUUCUGUUUGUGCAAACCACGUAAUUAAAGGGAGGCAAAUUAAUUUAAGCUUUCAUCAGUACAUUAUCAUGUACGUAACCAAGCUGCAGCAAGAUGUUAUCGUCUAUGUUUAGCCAACUAUUUAUGUUGAAAUGCACAUUAAUGAGAGAAAUACUUAAAGACAAAAACAUAGCACUUUGUACUAUUGCUGAACUGACAGCAAAUGUGAGUGUGUUUUAUCAAAUAAAUGUUAUGUCUUUAGAUUGCGUUAAGUGUUAAAGGAGACUCAGUUUAAUGUUGUUAACAAUUUAAGGUUUUAAUGCAUAUCUUUAUCAUAUGAUGACAUUUAUGUACAUGCAACUGACAACUAUGCGUAUUGCUGCCUUUUUAGGUUUAUGUUUGUGUCAGGAUGUGUCAUUAUUGGAUUAACCUGGAUAUGCAUAAAUCUGUAUACAACUGAUUUGUGGAAAAAUACUAAAUAAAUGUUUAUUUGAAAAAUAA